AUGGCGAGGGGACACCCCUACCCCUGCUACUCACACCAAGCCCCUACCCCUGCUACUCACACCAAGCCACACACACCAGGCCCCGCCCCCUGCCACACACACCAAGCCCCUCCCAAUGCCACACACACCAAGCCCCUACCCCUGCUACUCACACCAAGCCCCUACCCCUGCUACUCACACCAAGCCCCUACCCCUGCUACUCACACCAAGCCCCUACCCCUGCUACUCACACCAAGCCCCUACCCCUGCUACUCACACCAAGCCCCUACCCCUGCUACUCACACCAAGCCCCUACCCCUGCUACUCACACCAAGCCCCUACCCCUGCUACUCACACCAAGCCCCUACCCCUGCUACUCACACCAAGCCCCUACCCCUGCUACUCACACCAACCCCCUACCCCUGCUACUCACACCAACCCCCUACCCCUGCUACUCACACCAACCCCCUACCCCUGCUACUCACACCAACCCCCUACCCCUGCUACUCACACCAAGCCCCUACCCCUGCUACUCACACCAAGCCCCUACCCCUGCUACUCACACCAAGCCACACACACCAGGCCCCGCCCCAUGCCACUCACACCAAGCCCCUCCCCGAUGAGAGAUGA